AAGAGAAAACAAAAGUUGAAUUAAAAACAAAACCUCAUUUACCGACGCUAGACUAAAAUGAAAUUUAGCGUGACCCAAGUGGACGCUGUGAUGUACUAAACCCUAGCUCUACACCUCGCAACUAUGUUUUAGUGCAGCUGAGACGUGAAGCUGCAAAAGGGAUCAUCUCGCAAUUUCGCAAGAAAAUGGAUCGUAGUUGGAUGUAUGAUAGGUUCAAACCAAAUAGGAGAGGCUUGAAACUUGAGUUUGUUAGAGGAGUUCAGGAAUUUAUUAAGCAGGCUAAGGAACAACCCUGCUUUUUGUCUGAGAGAACAAUCAAGUGUCCAUGUGCAACAUGCAAGUGUGUAAAGUCUUUCACUCCAAAACAGGUGAUAGUUCACUUGCACAAGACUGGGUUUAAACCAAAUUAUUCGAUCUGGACUGAGCAUGGAGAACUAGAGCAAAAUAUUUGUCUGAGGAGUCGAUCGAAUAGUAGUGGACAUAUGGAGGAGGAGGAGGAGGAGGAGGAGGAUCCCGAAACGCCUCGUAUGGAGGAGGAGGAGGAAGACAAAGAGGAGGAGGAUCCCGAAACUCCUCAGGAAAUGGAUUCACACGAGCAGACUGCUGAUGGGAAGGUUCUUAUACGACCUUAUGGUCGAGGAUGGGCUCCUAGCUCAGCGCCUGCUGCUGCUAUUAAACACGCCAUCCAGUCACACUUUCAGGGUCCUUUCCAUUGCUGGAGUGAGACCCCAGAGGAUGUAAGGGAAUAUUGGUGGAAGUUGUUUGGGGACAAGGUUGCUUGGGAUCCUGAUGCUCAUGGGUAUAUAAAAAAGACAUUUGAAUCGAGAGGCGCAAAACGCCUUUCAGAUAUGCUCUCUAAAGUAAGGAAGAAAGGGACAAGGCCUCAUUGGAUCUGUGAGGAGGCUUGGAAAGGUCUUAUUGCCCAUUGGGAAGGUCAAGCCUUUAAAAAUGUCUCAACCCGAAAUAAGACCAAUCGUGCUUCUGGUAAAGGUGGAGCCGUCCACACCACAGGCCGCAAGGCUCAUGUUGACGUGGCACUUAGCAUGUCUCGUAAACUUGGGCGGUCUGUUGAUCCGGACGAGCUCUUCUUGGCCACCCACAAAAAAAAGUCUGGCAAUUGGGUUGAUAUCCGCUCUCAAACAACAUAUAAACAUUAUCAAGAUCGUCUUAAGGAGGUGCAAACACAAAUUGGCGAGGAGGUGCAAACACAAAUUGGCGAGGACUCUCUAAAUGGGAUGCAAGAGGUGGAUGGGGCGACAAAGCUUGAGUUGUGGAAAGAGGUUGCUGGGGGAAAGACUCGAGGUCGGUGUUAUGGCACUGCAGACUUGUCUUUGAACCUUCAACAUGGUGUAGCAACGCUGACUCAAGAGAUUCGAGAACCUUAUCCUAACAGUUGCAGGUGUGAUCAGGCUGUCCAUCUUGAGGCCAUUGAUGCAGCCCGCAAGGAGGCUGCUGCAGCACGGCAGGAGGCAGCUACAGCACGUCAAGAGGCAGCUAAGGCGAAACAACAUUAUCGGCUUUUGGACGAGCAGUUGCGCACGGUAAUGAAACGAAUGAUAGCUCUAGAGCGCCAAUCAGCCGGUGCUAACACAAGUUUGAGUCAAGCUCAUUGGGGACUUCCUUACUAUUAUGACGACCAUUCGCCAGAUGAGAUCUUACCAGACCGUCGACAAAGGCAGCGUUUAAUUCUAAGGAGACGUCCUUACUAUGAUACCGACCAUUCGCUAGAUGAGGUCUUACCAGACCGUAGGCGAAAGCAACGUCGAGAUCUAAAGGGACAUCCUCACUUUGAUGAAGACCAUUCGCUAGAUGAGGUCUUACCAGACCGUCGUCGAAAGCAACGCCAAGCUAGUAGGGGACAUCCUCACCAUGAUGAGAACCACUCACUAGAUGACGUCUUACCAGACAGUCAACCAAAGAAACGUCAAACUCAGAGCAUCAAUUCUCACUUUGACGACGACCAUUCGCGAGAUGAGGUCUUACCAGACCGUCGUCGAAAGCAACACCAAGCUCACCGGGGGCAUCUUCACCAUGAUGAGAACCGUUCACUAGAUGAUGUCUUACCAGGCAGUCGACCAAAGAAACGUCAAGCUCAAAGCGUCGAUUCUCACUUUGAUGAUGACCAGUCACUAGAUGAGGUCUUACCAGACCGUCGUGGAAAGCAACACCAAGCUCAUAGGGGACAUCCUCACCAUGGUGAGAACCAUUUGCUAGAUGAUGUCUUACCAGACAGUCGACCAAGGAAACGUCAAACUCAAAGCGGACACUCUCACUGUGAUGACGACCAUUCGCUAGAUGAGGUCUUACCGAGCCGCCGCCGUCGUUACCGUUGACUUUGAGUUUGAUUUCUCUGAUAUGUAUUUUAUACACUCAGAUGCAUACCUGUGUUGAUACUACUAUGGUUUUUUUAUAUCCAUAUUUUAGUUGUCUUCUCUUGGCAUA